UGCUGCUUCCAGCCGGGUUUGCAUGUGCGGAGCCGCAGUGAAGAGCCUCCGCCCCCCACCCAGUUGUUUUUCGGCGCCUUCCUCUGCUCCGCGGCAGUGGCUGCUGCAGCAUGGCGAGCCCCCCGGAUACCGAUGGCUUUUCCGAUGUGCGCAAGGUGGGCUACCUGCGCAAACCCAAGAGUAUGCACAAGCGCUUCUUCGUGCUGCGGGCGGCCAGCGAGGCUGGGGGUCCGGCGCGCCUGGAGUACUACGAGAACGAGAAGAAGUGGCGGCACAAGUCGAGCGCCCCCAAACGCUCGAUCCCCCUUGAGAGCUGCUUCAACAUCAACAAGCGGGCUGACUCCAAGAACAAGCACCUGGUGGCUCUCUACACCCGGGACGAGCACUUUGCCAUUGCGGCGGAUAGCGAGGCCGAGCAAGACAGCUGGUACCAGGCUCUCCUGCAGCUGCACAACCGUGCCAAAAGCCACCACGACGGGGCCGCAGCCCCAAGAGCUGGAGGCUGUGGGGGCAGCUGCAGCGGCAGUUCUGGCCUGGGCGAGGCUGGGGAGGACUUGAGCUAUGGAGACGUGCCCCCAGGACCUGCGUUCAAGGAGGUCUGGCAGGUGAUUCUGAAACCCAAGGGCCUGGGUCAGACAAAGAACCUGAUUGGCAUCUACCGCCUCUGCCUGACCAGUAAGACCAUCAGCUUUGUGAAGCUGAACUCAGAGGCAGCCGCCGUGGUGCUGCAGCUGAUGAACAUCAGACGCUGUGGCCAUUCAGAGAACUUCUUCUUCAUCGAGGUGGGCCGUUCCGCCGUGACAGGGCCCGGGGAGUUCUGGAUGCAGGUGGAUGACUCGGUGGUGGCCCAGAACAUGCAUGAGACUAUCCUGGAGGCCAUGCGGGCCAUGAGCGAUGAGUUUCGUCCUCGUAGCAAAAGCCAGUCCUCAUCCAACUGCUCCAACCCCAUCAGUGUCCCCCUGCGCAGGCACCAUCUCAACAACCCUCCACCCAGUCAGGUGGGGCUGACCCGCAGAUCACGCACUGAGAGCAUCACUGCCACCUCCCCAGCCAGCAUGGUGGGUGGGAAGCCAGGUUCCUUCCGUGUGCGUGCCUCCAGCGAUGGCGAAGGCACCAUGUCCCGCCCAGCCUCAGUGGAUGGCAGCCCUGUGAGUCCUAGCACCAACAGAACCCACACCUACCGGCAUCGGGGCAGCUCAAGGCUGCACCCCCCUCUCAACCACAGCCGCUCCAUCCCCAUGCCUUCUUCUCGCUGCUCGCCUUCAGCUACCAGCCCAGUCAGUCUGUCGUCCAGUAGCACCAGUGGCCAUGGCUCCACCUCGGACUGUCUCUUCCCAAGGCGGUCUAGUGCUUCUGUGUCUGGUUCCCCCAGCGAUGGCGGUUUCAUCUCUUCGGAUGAGUAUGGUUCUAGUCCCUGCGAUUUCCGAAGUUCUUUCCGCAGUGUCACUCCUGAUUCCCUGGGCCACACCCCACCAGCCCGUGGAGAGGAAGAGCUGAGCAACUAUAUCUGCAUGAGUGGCAAGGGGGCCUCCACACUGACUGCUCCCAAUGGUCACUACAUUUUGUCUCGGGGUGGCAAUGGCCACCGUUAUAUCCCAGGAGUUGGCUUGGGUACAAGCCCAGCCUUGGCUGGGGAUGAAGCAGCCAGUGCUGCAGAUCUGGAUAAUCGGUUCCGGAAGAGAACUCAUUCUGCUGGCACAUCCCCUACUAUUUCCCACCAGAAGACCCCCUCACAGUCCUCAGUGACUUCCAUUGAGGAAUAUACAGAGAUGAUGCCUGCCUACCCACCAGGAGGUGGCAGUGGAGGCCGACUGCCUGGCUACCGGCACUCCGCCUUUGUGCCCACGCACUCCUACCCCGAAGAGGGCCUAGAGAUGCACCCCUUGGAGCGUGGUGGCAGCCACCACCGUCCAGAUACCUCCACCCUCCACACUGACGAUGGCUACAUGCCCAUGUCCCCAGGGGUGGCCCCAGUGCCCAGCAGCCGAAAGGGCAGUGGGGACUAUAUGCCCAUGAGUCCCAAGAGCGUAUCUGCCCCACAGCAGAUUAUCAACCCUAUCAGACGCCAUCCUCAGAGAGUGGACCCCAAUGGCUACAUGAUGAUGUCCCCCAGUGGAAGCUGCUCCCCUGACAUUGGAGGCGGGUCCAGCAGCAGCAGCAGCAUCAGUGCUGCCCCUUCUGGGAGCAGCUAUGGGAAGCUAUGGACAAAUGGGGUAGGGAGCCACCCUUCUCAUGCCCUAUCUCACACCAAACCCCCUGUGGAGAGUGGUGGUGGCAAGCUCUUGCCUUGCACAGGCGACUACAUGAACAUGUCACCAGUGGGGGACUCCAAUACCAGCAGCCCUUCUGACUGCUAUUACGGCUCUGAAGAUCCCCAGCUCAAGCCAGUCCUCUCCUACUACUCAUUGCCAAGGUCCUUUAAGCACACCCAGCGCCCUGGGGAGCCAGAGGAGGGUGCCCGGCACCAGCACCUCCGCGUUUCCUCUAGCUCUGGUCGCCUUCUCUACACUGCAACAGCAGAAGAUUCUUCUUCUUCCACCAGCAGUGACAGCCUGGGCGGGGGUUACUGUGGGGCUAGAUCGGAGCCUGGCCUUCCACAUCCUCAUCAUCAUGUCCUGCAGGCCCAUCUGCCUCGAAAGGUGGACACAGCUGCACAGACCAAUAGCCGCCUGGCUCGGCCCACGAGGCUAUCCCUGGGGGAUCCCAAGGCCAGCACUUUACCUCGGGCAAGAGAGCAGCAGCAGCAGCAGCCCCUACUCCACCCACCGGAGCCCAAGAGCCCAGGGGAGUAUGUGAAUAUUGAAUUUGGUAGUGACCAGCCUGGCUACUUAGCUGGCCCCAUGCCUUCCCACAGCUCCCCUUCUGUCCGAUGUCCACCCCAGCUCCAGCCAGUUCCCAGAGAGGAAGCGUCUGGCACUGAGGAGUACAUGAACAUGGACCUGGGACCAGGACGGAGGGCAACCUGGCAGGAGAGUGGUGCAGCUGAGAUGGGCAGAGUGGGCCCCGCACCUCCAGGGGCUGCUAGUGUUUGCAGGCCCACUCGGGCAGUGCCCAGCGGCCGGGGUGACUACAUGACCAUGCAGAUGGGUUGUUCCCGUCAGAGCUAUGUGGACACCUCCCCAGUUGCCCCUGUGAGCUACGCUGACAUGCGGACAGGCAUUGCUGCAGGGGAGGUGAGCCUGCCUAGAGCCGCAGCGGCUGCCCCCUCUUCAUCGUCAGCAGCAUCUGCUUCCCCCACUGCACCUCAAGGAGCAGCUGAGCUGCCUGCCCGCUCCUCCCUGCUGGGGGGUUCGCAGGGACCUGGGGGCAUGAGCGCCUUUACCAGGGUGAACCUGAGUCCCAACCGCAACCAGAGUGCCAAAGUGAUCCGGGCAGACCCACAAGGGUGCCGGAGGAGGCAUAGCUCCGAGACCUUCUCCUCAACACCUACUGCCACCCGGGUGGGCAACAUGGUGCCCUUCGGAGCAGGGGCUACAAUGGGGGGCAGUGGUGGUGGCGGCAGCAGCAGUAGUGAAGAUGUGAAACGCCACAGCUCUGCUUCCUUUGAUAAUGUGUGGCUGAGACCUGAGCUAGGGGGAGCCCCUAAAGAGAUGGCUCAAGUGUGUGGGGCUGCUGGGGGUUUGGAGAAUGGUCUUAACUACAUAGACCUGGAUUUGGUCAAGGACUUCAAACAGCGCCCCCAGGAGUGCCCCCCUCAACAACAGCCACCCCCACCCCCGCCCCCUCAUCAGUCCCUGGGCAGCAGUGAGAGCAGCUCCACCAGCCGCUCCAGUGAGGAUUUAAGCGCCUAUGCUAGCAUCAGUUUCCAGAAGAAGCCAGAAGACCUUCAGUAGCUCAACUGGACAUCACAGCAGGAUGAAGACCUAAAUGACCUCAGCAAAUCCUCCUUUAACUCAUGGGUACCCAGACUCUAACUAUUUUAUGAUUCACAACCAGGACCUCACAUCUUCCUCCUCAGUAGAUGGUACGAUGCAUCCAUUUCAGUCUGUUUACUUUAUACAAUCCUCAGGAGUUCGUUGACUGAACUGCACGUUCUAUAUUGUGCCAAGCAAAAAAAA